AUGGCUCUGGCUCUGGAACCAGUCUCCUUGAAAGGGGCUGGACAUUCUUCCACUCUGGAGUUGCCCCUGGUGAGAGGCGCCAAGCAGGACUGGCCAUUCCUGUUGCCCCUCAUCUUGGUGCCUGACACCCUAGGCUGUAGUUCAAUGAUCGACUUUGUUGUUGUUUCAUCUGACCUGCGGCCGCAUGCCUUGGACACUCGGGUGAAGAGAAGGGCGGAGCUCUCCCCCGACCACUACCUGGUGCUGAAGAAGGAGUCCUAUCGGGCUUUAUUGACCUGUUGGACUUUAGAAGAAGCUGAUAUGUACCGGCAGUCAAAGUGGCAGGUGGCUCGGCUGGUCGCCGAGGCUAAAACUCGGGCGUGGGAAGAGUUCGGAGACGCCAUGGAGAAAGACUUCCAUAUGGCUUCGAAGGAAUUCGUCUCAGGAGGGGGAAGCAGUGCACUGAAGAAGGAGUCCUAUCGGGCUUUAUUGACCUGUUGGACUUUAGAAGAAGCUGAUAUGUACCGGCAGUCAAAGUGGCAGGUGGCUCGGCUGGUCGCCGAGGCUAAAACUCGGGCGUGGGAAGAGUUCGGAGACGCCAUGGAGAAAGACUUCCAUAUGGCUUCGAAGGAAUUCGUCUCAGGAGGGGGAAGCAGUGCAAUCCUGAUUCAUGUGGGGUUCCUGACAGAGGAAUCAGGAGACGUUUUCAGCCCAAAGGUUCUGAAGGGAGGACCUCUGGGGGAAAUGGUCCAGUGGGCCGACAUCCUGACUGCCCUCCAUGUUCUGGGACACAAUCUAAAGAUUUCCAUGUCUGUUAAAGAGCUUCAAGGGUUUCUCGGAGUGCCUCCUGGUAGAGGUAGCUGCCCACUCACUGGUCCGCUGCCCUUUGACCUCAUUUACACGGACUACCACGGCCUGCAGCAGAUGAAGCAACACAUGGGUCUCUCCCUCAAGAAACACAAAUGUCACAUCAGGGUUAUUGACACAUUCGGGACGGAGCCAGCUUACAACCAUGAAGAGUACGCAACCCUGCAUGGCUAUCGGACCAACUGGGGCUACUGGAACCUGAACGCCCGGCAGUACAUGACCAUGUUCCCCCACACACCAGACAAUUCCUUCAUGGGCUUUGUUUCAGAGGAACUAAACGAGACGGAGAAGAGGAGCAUCCAGCAGAACAAAGUCAACAACAUGGCUGUGGUGUAUGGAAAAGAAGCCAGCAUGUGGAAGCUUCAGGGCAAAGAGAGUUUCCUGGAGAUCCUUCACAGGUACAUGGAGGUCCACGGUACGGUUUACUAUGAGACCCAGAGGCCCCCGGAGGUCCCGGCCUUCGUGAAGAACCACGGGCUGCUGCCCCAACAUGAACUGCAGCAGCUGCUCCGUAAGGCCAAGCUCUUUAUUGGUUUUGGGUUUCCAUAUGAAGGCCCCGCCCCUCUUGAAGCCAUAGCCAAUGGUUGCAUCUUCCUGCAGCCUAAGUUCCAGCCCCCCCACAGCUCACUGAAUCAUGAGUUCUUCCGAGGAAAGCCUACAUCUCGACAGGUUUUCUCCCAGCACCCUUAUGCAGAGCAGUACAUCGGCAGACCGCACGUCAUGACGGUCGACUACAACAACUCGCUGCAGUUUGAAGCUGCCAUCCAGGAAAUCAUGAGGACAAAGGUUGAGCCGUAUCUGCCUUAUGAGUACACCUGUGAGGGGAUGCUGGAGAGGCUGCAUGCCUACAUUCAGCAUCAGGACUUCUGUGUGCCGCAGCCUCCCUUCAUCCCAGCCAAUUUCUCCAGACUGGGAUCAGCUAGUGGCAGCCGGGUAAUCGGACCUCUGUUUGUGCCCCUGCCCAACUCCACGGCGCUUGGCUGGGCUUCCAACGCCACGGCUCCCACGGCCUGGCCGCCGCUCAGCUCCCUACGACUGCUGGUGUCUCAGGAGGGCCAGUCUUGUGUUGAAGCCUGCCAGUCAGCAGGUUGGAUCUGUGAACCUGCUCACUUCCCCUUCAUUAACAACAAGGACGCUCUGCGAGGGUUGGAGGUGCAGUGCGAGGUGGUGGACUCUGAGAUCAACCACAUCCUUCCAGCCUUUUCCGUGAUGCGGCGGGAGUGCAGUCUUCAGAGGGAGCCGUUACUCUUCAGCUGCGCGGGUCACUCUCCUAAAUACCGACGCCUCUGCCCCUGCAGGGACUUCCUUGGAGGACAGGUGGCGCUCUGCAGAGACUGCCUAUAAUAAUGAGACACAGGUCUAACAAGAAGCAAAGUGGGAUAAAUUUAAAGAGUUGCUGUUUGAUGAAUUUAUUCUGAUGACUGCAGCAGCUGCAGACGGCGGUCAGACUGAAGACAAAAAGCUUUACAUUAUCUGCACAGUGAAAAAACAUCAACUGAUUUAUUCUGAAUCUUCACCUCUGUAAUAACGGGGGUGUGGAUUCACUCCAUGAUGGAGUCGUCAUGGAGAUGGCCACCUCGGGUCAGCAUCCACCCUCCAGUCGGCAGUCAGACAGAGGAUGACGGACAGCCAGCUUAUCUCUGCUGUCCAUCCUUUCUUCCAGCGGCGGAUAUUUCUCAGACCUCUGAGGCUGCAUCCGUCGCAGCGAUCAUCACUGAGAACGAAGGACAAACACACAGGGCAGCUCACAAGAUUAUUUUUCAAUAAAUAAACCUUCAAAUCUCUCAGUUGGGUUUUUAAGGUCUUUGGACUUUGUGAUGGAAAAGUCAUAA